UUGUGUUGGUGAUAGGUUUCCCAAGCUACUUGCAGCCAUAUUUCCCUUUAACUCAAAGGUUACCUCUGCCAGAAUAAAAGGCAUAAGCUUCUCCCAUUUUCCUUUCAAGCCCAGGAAGACUGGACUCAUUGUCCCUAACCUUUGUUGCACUUUGAGGACUACCAGUUCUGGACGUGUACUACCUGGUGUAUCAGAAGGAUGCAAGAGAACAACUUGGAACCAUCUAAGUCAUUAGCUCAAAUUUUAAGAGAGAGCUACUUGACGGACCCAAGAGCUGAACGAAGGCAUGGUGAAAUGGGGUCAGCGGAUGCCUCUCCUCAUCACCUGCAUCAUGGAACUCACCGUGGAAAACCAGAAGGUUCUGCUGGACAGGAGGACUUUACAGACCUCUCGGCCUUCUUAAGCAGUGAAGAACUGCACAAAAGCGUCAACCUGGCACGGCAAGCCAUUGGCCAAGGCCCGCAGGAGGAGAAACAUGGGGAUGGUGCCCGUAACCCUUCACCUGAGAAAAGGAGGUUCCCACAGUCUAACCCACUGCCAGACAGGCAAACACUGCAGUCUGCUACCAAAGAAAACAGAACCAAGAAUAACAGGAACCCAACAGAAUCUCAUUCAGAUUUUCAGAGGCCAGUAAGAAACACCCCGUAUGGACCUGAGACUCAGUCCAAGAAGGAAUUCCUUAACAAGGCAGCUGACUUCAUAGAAGAACUGUCUUCUCUUUUCAAAGCCAACAGUUCUAAAAGGAUACGUCCGCGUUCUUGCAAAGCUCACAGAAGCAGAUCUAAUGUAAAGAAUCCGUCAGACAGUGCUGUUUUUGCCUUCAAUGCAGAAGACCGGGAAAGACCUGUCUCCGUUUCCCCUGAUCAACUGAUCACAGAAACAGGGGACCAGGAAGAGCUCACACCACCCACUGGUAACCAGCUGGACAUACAAACAGCGAGUUGUUUGGAGGAGGAAGAGUGUGGACCAGAGGAGGAAGAGUGUGGACUGGUGGAGAGUGAAGAGACUGAGCUCUGUGAUGGUGGAGAGGUAGAGGAACAUGAAGAGGAAGACUUGCAUAUACCUGCAGUGGAGCAUUCGGAUGAGCCUAUUCCAGAUCCUCCAAGGUUCAUUCAAAAGCUUAAAAGUAGAGAGGUACCAGAGGGUAGCAAAGUUCAGCUGGACUGCAUUGUAAGAGGAUUUCCUGUCCCUGAAGUUAGGUGGUUUUGUGAGGGGAAGGAACUAGAGAACUGUCCUGAUAUUCAGAUUCUCAGCGUUGGAGAGCAGCACACACUCAUCAUUGCAGAGGCUUUUGAAGAAGACACCGGCCGCUACUCCUGCUUUGCCUCCAACUUUUACGGCACAGACUCCACCUCUGCAGAAAUCUACAUUGAAGGUGCUUCCUCUUCUGAUUCAGAUGGAGAGCAACAUUUUGUUGGUGUAACACAGGUGCCAAGGAAGACUUCUGCAUCUUUACCUAUUUCACCACCAUCAACCAGUGUGGAAAAUUCUGCAUCCCCCCAGCCACCUGUCUGCCCACCAGUUAUACAGUAUCCUGCACAGGAAGUGUCCACUUUACUAUCUGCACAGGAAGUGUCCACUCCACUACCUGCACAAGUGUCCACUCCUGUUUCUGCACAGGUGGUAUCUACUGCACUGCCUGUACAAGUAUCUCCUCUGUUAUCUGCACCUGUGCCCACUGCAGAGGAGGUGUCCACUCCAGUGCAUGUGCAGGUAUCUACACCCCUCCCUGCAUCGGUAACCACUCUGCUACCUGCACAGGAAGUGCCCCCUCAAUCACCUGUGCAGGUAUCCUCUUUGCUACCUGCACAGGAAGUGCCCCCUCAAUCACCUGUACAGGUGUCAUCCACUCUUCUACCUGUACAGGAGACAGCCACCCUAUCACCUGUGCAGGUGUCUACGCAACCUGAACAGGAGGUUUCCACCCUGUCGCCUGCACCGGUAUCUCCUCCUCUACCUGCACAGGUGUCCCCUCCUCUACCUGCUCGGGUGUCCGCUCCUCUACCUGCACAAGUGGGCCCGCCAAUACCUGUACAAGUGUUCACUCCUCCACCUGCACUGGUUACCACACCAAUACCUGUACAAGUGUCCUCUCCUCUACCUGCACAAGUCUCCACUCCAAUACCUGUACAAGUGUUCACUCCUCCACCUGCACUGGUUACCACACCAAUACCUGUACAAGUGUCCUCUCCUCUACCUGCACAAGUCUCCACUCCAAUACCUGUACAAGUGUUCACUCCUCCACCUGCACUGGUUACCACACCAAUACCUGUACAAGUGUCCACUCCUCUACCUGCACUGGUUACCACACCAAUACCUGUACAAGUGUCCACUCCUCUACCUGCACUGGUUACCACACCAAUACCUGUACAAGUGUUCACUCCUCCACCUGCAGAAGAAGUGUCCACUCAACUGCCCAUACAUUUGAUUACCCCACAAAGACCAUAUCUGGAGAGUGAAAACUGCAGUAGCUAUCCACAAGGUUUAGAUGGAAGACCAAUAAUGGCCGCCCCUGUUUUUACGAAGAAUCUUCAGAACGUUUCGGCCUCGGAGGGCCAGCUGGUAGUGCUUGAAUCCCGGGUAAAAGGGGUUCCCUCACCCCGAGUGGACUGGUACAGGGAAGGGACACUGAUAGAUGACUCUCCUGACUUCCGAAUUCUCCAAAAAAAGCCCCGGUCCAUGGCAGAAUCAGAGGAAAUAUGCACUUUGGUGAUUGCUGAAGUCUUCCCAGAAGACUCUGGAACAUUCACCUGCACAGCAGUCAACAAAUAUGGGACUGUGUCCAGCAUUGCACUGCUGAAAGUGAAAGCUAAGGAGAGUCACAGUAUUAACACCAAAGCAGCAAGCAAGGGAACUGCAGAGUUUGCCAGGCACAAAGCACCGGAGCCCAUCUCUGCAGUCCUUACUAGGCCCUGUCUGAAGCCGCCGGAGGAAGCAGCGUCUGCCUCUCGCACGUUCCCGGCCCAGCCACUCAGCUCCGUGUUAAAGCCUCGGACAGCCCCCGCCGUCUCCAGCGCCCUCCCCCCUGAUCCCCUCUAUCCCAAGCUGCAGGGGUCAGAGGUCAGCAACGCCGAGCCCUGCCCCCGCCGAGCGCUGCCCCGCGACCCUCCCCCCUCCAUUCUUAAGCCCAAGCUGGAGGGCUUUGGCGUGGCCUCAGACCCCCCCGUCCCUCCGGGGGCCCUGCCCAACCACGCCGAGCCCCGGCCCGACCCGCCCGCGUCCUGUCUCAAGCCCAAACUGGAGGGGGUCCUGGUGAACCACAGCGAGCCGCGGUCCAGCUCGCGGGUCGGCCUCCGUGUGCAUUUCAGACUGCCGGAGGAGGAGGAGGAGGAAUCCGAGGACGGAGAGACACAGGAAGCACUGCACAAAGCGCUGCCUCCACCUGUUCUGGCCAAACCCAAGCUAGACUCUGUUCAACUCCAGCUUCUCCACAACCAAGUUCUACUUGAGCAACAACAAGAGAGUGUUCCUCCAAGCCAGCCGGAGACAUCUCCCUGGCCCCCCACAACUUACCCUGAACCCCAGCCAACCCCCACAAAGCUCACCAAUUCCACAGCCACACCCCCGUCACAGACGGUGCGUACAACCAGCACAAACAUCUCCCAAAGCUUCAGUUCCAGCAACAGCAGCAACAGUAUGGCACAGAGUUUCAGCUACACCAGGCCCAGGGAGUUUGUAGCCGCACAAGGCUCCCCCGUCAGCAGUCUCUCCGAGUCUCUGUCUCCCACAGAGUCCCCUGUCCCCUUUCUUAACGCCAUGGCAGCACAGUUGCCCCAGAAACCUGUCGCUGAGGUCAGCACCUUUCCAUUUUCUCCUACAGUCAAUCCAGUUGCACCAUCCCCCCCCAAGCUCAUGCCAACAAGGGUCUUGAGGUCUCCCACUAGCCCCCCUGGGCUUGUUUCAUCACCCCCUCCCAUUCCCCACCACCUCUUUGGCUCAGCUUUCUCUCUGCGGGCUCAGUCCCCCCCGCAAGCGUCUUCCCCGACCCCCAGUGGGUCCACAGCCAGCCCCAUCCAGAACCCCGUAGCCUUCCUCAGCUCCGUGCUCCCCUCCCUGCCUACUUCUCCUCCACCUCAACAGACCAACGCCAUGGGUCUGCCCAGGGGCGCCCCUGUCACACCACCCCAGGGAAUGGUGAAGAGGUCCCCACGAACCCAUCGAUCUCUCUCAAAUGAGGAGAUCCGGGACAGCAAAGAUACUGUUGUACAAGACCUGGAGAGGAAACUACACUUCAGAGAAGAUUCUACACAAAAUGGACAACAGAAACCUGCAUAUGAGAGGCAAAGUGGCAGACAGCUUGGACCAAACAAUCCCGUAACUACUUUUAAUUACAAUGAGGAGUAUCGGAUCUCUAACUUUGAGCAGAGGCUGUUGAGUGAGAUUGAGUUUCGCCUGGAGCGAACACCGGUCGAGGAGUCUGACGAUGACGUUCAACACGAUGAGAUCCCCACAGGGAAGUGCAUCGCACCCAUCUUCGACAAGAAGCUCAAGAACUACCGAGCCAUGGAGGGCGUGCCUGUGACGUUCACCUGUAAAGUAGUUGGGAUACCUGUACCAAAGGUUUACUGGUUUAAGGAUGGAAAGCAGAUAUUGAGGAAAAAUGUACAUUAUAAGAAAAUAAGAGAGGGAGAUGGAACCUGUGCUCUGCACAUGGAGGCUGCCACGAAUGAUGAUGACGGGAACUACACCGUGAUGGCUGCCAAUCCUCAGGGAAGAAUUAGCUGCUCUGGUCAUUUGAUUGUCCAAACUGGGCCCAUACGCAGUCGGCUGACCCCGAUGAUCCAUUCUCAGAGAAUACGGGCCCGGGCACAGGAAGCAGAUGAAGGGGAGCCCGUUCAAGAGCGUUUCUUUAGACCCCACUUCCUCCAGGCCCCUGGGGACAUGUUGGCUCAUGAAGGAAGAGUCUGCAGGUUGGACUGCAAGGUAAGUGGGUUACCAACCCCAGACUUGAUGUGGCUUCUCAACGGGAAACCUAUUCUUCCGGAUUUUUGCCACAGAAUGCUGGUGAGGGAGAAUGGAGUUCACUCCAUGCUCAUCGACCCACUGAAGAAAAGUGAUGCAGGAACCUACACAUGUAUCGCAACAAACAAAGCAGGGCAGAGCUCUUUCUGUCUGGAGUUAAGCAUUUUGGCGAGAGAAUUAAAGAGAGCCCCGAUGUUUGUGGAGAAGCUCCAGAAUACAGGCAUUGCUGAGGGGUCCCCAGUGAGGCUGGAGUGCAGGGUUGUGGGCAUGCCCCCUCCUGUCAUUUACUGGAAGAAAGACAAUGACUCCAUUCCCAUCAUGAGGGAGAGAUUAAGCAUGCACCAGGAUGCAACAGGAUAUGUUUGCCUGCUGAUUCAGCCAUCUAAGAAAGAUGACGCUGGGUGGUACACCGUAUCAGCAAAAAAUGAAGCAGGAAUUGUGUCAUGCACAGCAAGGCUGGACAUAUAUGCUCAAUGGCACCAGCAGAUCCCCCAGCCCAUGAAGACCUCACGGUCCCCCGGCAGCCGCUAUGCUGCCCUGGCCAACCAGGGCCUGGAUGUCCUCUCAGCCUUCCCAACCAUGGAAAACAACCCUUUUCUUUUCACUAGCACCCCCACAGAGGCUGCAAUGGAGAGUGAGGAGCUGUAGGGGGUACUGCUACAUCCUCAGCGGCUCUCUCCGCUAUAAAUACACCUUGCCACAAUUGCUGUGAAUGUAACCUUUCACCGGAAUUGCACCUUUACUAAAGUCCAUUUAAGACCACAUCUUUCAGGUGUAAAACAGUCAUUGCACAAAAUAGGAAACAUCUUGAUAGGUUUUUGACUCGCUGUAAUGAGUUAUUCCUAGCAAUAACUCCUAGUAUUAAUUUUAAAAGGCUUUUUUGUUGUAUAUUGUUCAGGUUUUUUCUACUACCUGUUAAAUGUGAUGGUGACACUAGGGCUGAAAAAGCUAACACUCAUGUUAGCGUACCUUACAAUUUUUCCUUUGUUUUAGAUAUUAUGUUUGAAUUUCUUUUCUUGUUUUUUAAUGCCAAAUUAUCAUUAUAAAAAGAUAGUAUCUUCAUAUAAUUUAAGGAUAUCAUUUAUAUUAUAACAGAUUUUGUGGUCCUAUAAGAUAAACUGAGCUUAUAUGCAUAUACAGUAGAAUGUUAUUAAAGAUGCAAUAAAAAAUUAUAUAUGGGAAAGUACUGAA